UUUUAUCUAAAGCAGUGCAUUACAAGCUAUACAUUUAUUUAAUAACGUGUGUUCCCUGGGUUCAACCCACACUUAAAUAGAAAUUACUUCAUUUUUAAAGUGCAUGAAUAUUUUUUCAAGUGAACUAAGUUAGGUAAAAUUGCACUGCGCUAGUAAAAACACAUAAUUAAAGGUGCAGGGUGUAAAUUUUAGUGGCAUCUAGUGGUGAGGUUGUGUAUUGCAACCAACGGCUCGAUCCACUGCUCACCCCUGCCUUUUGAAACACAUAGAGAAGCUACAGUAGCCACCACAUGACAAACAGGUCAUCAUCGGAGACAACUUAGUAAAAAAAAGUUUGUCCGUUAAGGGCUUCUGUAGAAACAUGGCAGCACAAAAUGGCGACUUCCAUGUAAGGGGACCCUCAGUGUAUGUAGAUAAAAACAUCUCAUUCUAAGGUAAUAAACACAUAACGGUUCAUUAUGAAAGGUCUUUAUACACCCCUGAUAAUAUAGUUUUGUACAUUAUUUUGCAUUUUUGUCAUGAGAUCCUUUUAAAAAUUACACAUUGCACCUUAAAAAACACAUAAAAUAACAUUUCAUUUCAAAUUUUACUCUCCAAAUGUAGUCCCAUGCAAAGCAUUCUGGGAACUACAAGUUCACUGUCUAGUUAUGUCUACCAAAAUCAUUUAUGUAGUUUCGACAUAAAAUUAUUAAGUCAAUUACAAAUUUAAGUAGAUUAUAGAUGAUAAAAUGAAUUUAAAAUGUACUCAAUAAUGUGUACAUUUAGAAUUACAUUUUUAUGUUAUAUUUAACUCAAAUUUUGGUUAAAAAACAAGAAAAAUUUUUUGACAGAGUUUCCUCAUUUUAUUUUGUUAAAUCUACUACGGCACAUAAUUAUUAUUUACAGUGCAUGACCUUUUGCACUGCUUAUGCAAUGUUCACUGAGAUCCACACGAGUGUCCUCCUCACAGACACAUCUAAUAAUAAUAAUGAUGACAUUUAUUUCUGUGAACACUCACACGAUACAAGGGUGGAGUUUGUAUUGUAAACAAAUGUUCAACCAUUAUAACCAAAUAAUCUAGUACAUCUGGUUCAACAAUCUAGAUAGUUUGAGAUGAUUAUGAUGUAACUGAUAGUUUUAUCAAUGCUCAUCGUGACUUAAUCAUUUAAACUUACACACAAAGUUUCUAAGUUUCUUCUGAUUCAAUAAUCUUAGAAUAGAUGUGAAAUAAAAAUGUGUGAACAUCUGCUGUGUGUCCUUUAUAAACAAUUCAUCAACGAUUACUCAUCUGUUUGAAUUAUUAUUAUUAUUAUUAUUAUUAUUAUAAAACACAGUUCCUGGAUAUUGAUUUGUAAAUACAGUUUUCCAGUAAUGCUAAAUAUAUGACAUGUUUACAGUAAAACCUCUUCUUGUGCUUCUGUGUAAAUCAGCACACAUAAACCAAAGAGGCCGAUGUCAAAGAUGAAAUAUUUUAGCAGAAGAAUGCAAUAUUUUUCAAUGUUAUUUGAAUGAAACACAUAAUAUUUGUAUUAUGUACUAACCAGCGUAGGCUCUUGUGAUUGUACGUUACACUGGGUUCAGCAUAAUGCUGCUAAACCAGCAGGACAAACGUGACCAUGAACAAACUGAUAAAGUUUAUCUGAUGAUGCUCGACUAUAGCAGCACAUGACACAUCUUCUGUCUGAUCUCUUUCUUCUUCAGCGCUGAGGAUCAGUAUUAGUUUUUCACAGAUUAUUGAUUAUUUAAAUGAUGCUGACUUGAGUUCUGUGUUUAUUUUCUCUUUCGGUUUCUUCAGAUCUUCUCUGGUGGUCUGAUAUCAUCUGUGUUGAUGAGUUCAGUCUUUGUCUAACAGCUGAUCCGUGCUGCACAAUCACACACAGGUUAUUUCAAUACAAUCAUGUAUAAAUCAUCAAAGACAAAUAAAAUCACAUAAUAUUUCAUCCCUACAAUCAUUGUUUCAAACUUAAGAAGCUUCGAAAUAAAGAAAGCAUUGCAAUGCUAAUAAACGCAGGCAUGCUACCUGUUAAUAGGGGUGUGACUUAGAGGUGUUGUGGGUGUGGCUCUGGACCCCUGGUGGGUGUGGUCAGACCUCUUACUAUCUGCUGUGAGGUCUGAAUGAUGUAUGUAUAUAAAGCUCAGAGCUGUAGGUCUGGAGAACGUGAGAAACAUCAGUCAGGACUUCAUCAUGAGUGGAAGCAAAAAAGCCCAAAGGAGAUUUUCUCUGGACAGCUCAGGAUAUCAUCUGGAUGUCUGUGAAAUUAGAAGCAACAUGUUGAGAAGAUCAUCAGAAGGAAAGACCCUCCACAGUCCUGAUAAAGAACAUCUGGAGUUUAUACAGCACAACAUCAGCACACAGAAGAGAAGCAGAUCCACAACCAUAGAGGAGGAAAGUUUGGAUCAGCCCGAUGGACUUCUGCUUUGUACCAGUUUCAAGACCCACAACAAAACAUUUCACAAACUCUUUCCUGACAUUCCCAAGACGGAAGAUCUGGAACACGUUUUUACCUGUGGCCUGAAAAAAGAAGUGAUUUACCACGGUAAACUCUACGUCUCCCAUCAUCACGUGUGCUUUCACUCUUCUGUGCUGCUCAAAGAAACUAAGGUUAUGAUUUUGGUGUCCAGCAUUCAGACCAUUAAAAAGAAAAACACAGCCAAAAUCGUUCCCAAUGCCAUCGCCAUCAUUACAGAUGUACAGAAGUAUCAUUUUGUCUCGUUGAGGAAUAGAGAAGCGUGUUUUAAGCUCAUCUUGUCGCUCUGUCCACAACUCCAGACUGAGAACAUCAACAAUAACCUGAAGAUGUCCGACACAGAAAACCAACAUGACAUCACACUUGACACGAUCUCCAGCCUGUCGAGUUACGAGGAGAACGCUGAUGAUCACAAACUUUCUCCUACUGAAGAGUUUGAGAAUCUGAACAACAUUAAAUCUCUCAACAACAGGGUCUCCUGGGUAACCAUGGUAACAGAGAAAAUGAAAUCUGUCCUGUCCACCAAUGACACGCACAUCCUCAACAAACUUCUUGUGUUUUAUCUGAUACUUGUGGUCCUUCUGGUGUUGUCAUCCGGGUACAUUGGCUUAAGGAUUGUGGCUCUGGAGGAACAACUGGGAGCCCUGCUGGAGUUUACACUACAGAGAGAGUACAAUGAAACGUAACCCCAUACAACAUGAUAGAGUUACAGAAGGAAGGAGAAGAAGAUGAAAGUGUUUGAUUUGUCAUUUACGCAGACAUCAAAGAUCCUGAAAACCUCUGAACAGAAGUACACAGAGACGUACAGUGAUGUCUCACCUGCUGUUUUAUAUCAACACAUCAGAUAGAUUUGUGUACAUGAGAACUGUAACACAAGUGAAUACUGACAUCUACAGUCCAAACCCAUUUAACAACACAAACCUGUCAAUGCACUGAGUACUAGUCUUUCUUAGGUUAUAGAUUUACUCUUAUUUAUACUUACAGUAAAUAAUUGAGAUCAGAUGAAGAGUUUGGUCAAAGUAAUAGAAAAAAGGUUUGAGAGUUUGACUCCAUAACUUCAGUAAAUGAGUGAAGGGUUAAUGAAUUGAAACAGUAAAGCUCAUGAAGGAUUUCUGCUAUAAUGUUCUUGUUUCUCACAACAGACGUGUUUAUAGUGUUUGUAUGCAACAUGAAUUAUAGUGAUACGUCUUAAAAAAGUUUAUGUGUCAAUAGUGUCUUUCAAUGAUUUAGACUCAGAAAGUUUCAUGCAGACAAAUAUAAAGAGACAUUCAGUGAAAGUUAUCAUAUGAGCUUUAUAAUCAGACAUGACUGACUGUUCAUCUCUCACCUCAUUGAAUCUCUCAAACAUUUUACAACACAAUGUGAAUCUAGUAAUGGGUUUAGACAUUCACUAUAUAUUGUGGUUUGUUUAUUGUACACUUAUUUGAUUUAUACACUGUUCUGUAUACUGUACACAUUAUAUUUAAGCACAACCUUUGGUCAUUAUUAACUUCACAAUCAGAUAAUGAAUUAAUGUAAGAGAUUAAUAAUAAUGUCUCUGCAAAUCUUCAAGUAUUGACUUCUGAAUUUAAUUAGAAUAGAUGAAAGGUGUUGAGACACAUUUUG